AUGGCUCGAGUUGCAGCUCUCACUGUCACCUUACUCUCGAUUGUCCUUUUUUCGUUGACUAUUUCUGCCCUUCCUGCCAGUAAUGGGCGUCCCACAGUUACAAUUGACUCUGGCGUCGUGGUAGGCAUCACUAAAACCGAGAACUCUACCGGACUGGACCUCAACGCCUUUCUGGGCGUUCCUUUUGCCGGACAGCCUGCGCGAUGGGGUCCUCCCAAGUCACCAGCGCCGUGGACGACACCAUUCGACGCAUCCAAGUAUGGCCCUGCGUGCGUUCAACAGUUCAACUAUCCUGAAGGUCGCCGGAAUCUGAUCCUGCAAUGGUUCAACACUCCUGCACCGCAGGAAAGUGAGGAUUGUUUGAACGCCUGCGUCUAUGUCCCCAUUGCUAAGGACAAUGCAAAACCAAAGGCCGUAAUGGUAUGGUUUUAUGGUGGCGGCUUGCUCUAUGGCUCCAACGCGCUUCCACACUACGACGGGUCUACGUUGGCUGCGCAUGAGGAUGUCAUUGUUGUGGUUGUGAACUACCGUACGAAUGUAUUUGGUUUCCCUGGUUCACCUCAAGUACCUCUUGCGCAGCGAAAUCCGGGAUGGUUGGACCAACGACUCGCACUCGAAUGGGUGCAGCGGAACAUUGCUGCCUUCGGAGGCGAUCCUGAUAAAGUCACCAUAUUUGGCGAGAGCGCCGGCGCCCAGAGCGUGGACGCCUUGAUCACCCAACCUCCCAACCCGCUGACCUUCCGGGCAGCGAUCAUGGAGUCCGGGACAGGCACAUACCGUAAUGCUCCGGCGAAUUACUCAGCCUCCUGGGUAACUCUCGUCGCCGCGAUGAACUGUUCAUCUGCGACCGACAUUCUGGCCUGCAUGCGUGCCGUGCCGGCGACCACCAUCAAAACGUACAACGAACUCAAUCGUAUAACGUGGCCACCAGUGUUCGACAACGUCACCAGCGCGUAUGCCGCCCGCUCGAACCGUCUGAGCUCCACCCCACAGAACCCCAAGAUCGCCCGCGUGCCCAUCCUAGGCGGCACCAACGCGGACGAAGGUCGGCUCUACUCCAUCAGUGCGAACGACUCCUCUUCAUUCAUUCGUGGUCUGUUCCCCACAGCCACGGACCAGCAGAUCUCGGACCUCCUCGCUGCAUACCCUCUCGACGGCCCGCCAGGGUCUGGAGUCUAUACCGGCACCUUCACCAGCCCACUUGAACAGCUCGGCGCGUUGUACGGGGACUUUAUCUUCCAGUGUCCUGCACGGCUUGUCCACUUGGAGACCUCCCAGGUUGGUAUCCCAAGUUGGAGGUACUACUACAACGCCAGUUUCCCCAACACGGACAUCUUCUCCGACGCAGGAGUCUACCACAGCAGCGAAAUCGGCAUCGUGCUCGGCACGUACCCUACCGCCAACGCCACGGUCUUCCAGGAAGCCCUGUCCCGGUACGUACAGCACAUUUGGGCGAACUUCGCAAAGGAUCCGUACAACUGGAAUGCGUGGCCCAAGGGACCGAAUGCGACGGGCGUGCUGGGCGGGGGUGUGAGGGCGGAGGAUGGACCCAAGGCGUCGGGCCCGUACCUGACGGUGCUGAAUCGGACGCAAACCGACUUGCUGGAUAGGCGGUGUGGGUUGUAUCAGGCUAUUUAUGAUGCUCUGGCGCAUUAG